AUGCACGCCACCGUCGCCGCGCGCCCGUCGAUCGUCUCCGCGAAGACGUCUUUGUCCUCCACCGACGCCCUGAAGCGCGCGUCCGCGGUCGCCCAGCGAACGAAGACGCGCGAUGUCACCGUGCGCGCGGAUUGGUCCAUCGGAUCCACGGAGAACAUGAUUGUGUGCUUCAACACGACCGCGAUUUUGGGCGCGAUGCGAUUCGGUCUCAUGCCGAGCGUGAAGAAGAACUUCAACGGUGCGAGCAGCCACACCGCGAUGGUGGAACAGGCGAACGCGAAAACCAUCGGCUCGCGCGACCCGAGCGGGUUCACCGCCGUGGACGUCCUCGCCGGGGGCUCGCUCGCCACCAUCAUCUCCGCGGGUGAGAUCUUGGCCGGCCAAGUGCCGUAUUAG